ACAAACACUAUCAUGCAAUUCUAUCAAAAACACAAAACAAAGUGGAUUGCAUAUUAAUAUAUCCAUCAUUAAGGACAAUUAUAAAAGCAAAAAUAGAAACUGAUUUUUAAACGGGUAUACAUGAUUUAAAAUAGUUUCAAAUCAACAUCAACAUUAUCAGAAGUUAUUAUUGUAAAGGAAUAAAGAACUUAUAAAGUCGUUUAUUGGCAAUUGGGGGCUUGCAGAUUAAAAUCGACCAUAGUUAUUUGCUACUUGGGGCGAACAAAAAACCCAAUAGCGAUAAUAAAAAAACGUAUAGAAGCAUUGUAGAGGGUUUUCGUAACAGACAUGACGCCCUUCGAUGAUUUCGCAUAUCUGAUCAAUCAUGUAUUGUUGGGCGAUGAACCGACGAUCGAGGAUUUCAUACUGCUAGUGGGCACGCUGGUGGCAUUUAUAGCGUUUAUACUCUGGUGUUGUUUUCCCAUACAACCGAAGGAUGGUACUAAUCAUCGACAAUUCUCUUGCAAAUCACUACAAAACUCACUUGAGUCUGCACAGGUGCAUAGCAGUUACAGCAAAUUGGCGUAUAAUGAAUACACAAUGAAAAGUGGCGGACAUGUCUAUCAUUGUUGUACUUAAUUAGGUAGCAACGAUGCGUUCUACGUGCGUGCGUUAUAAUUGAAUAAUUAACAAAGUAAUACAUUUCAAUUUAUGCGGUAGUCGAAGCGAAUAAUUAUAAAAAAAGACGCGCUAAAGUGUUUAGCAUAGUAAAACAAAAUGAAUUUCAUGGAAAGAGUGAGCCAACUACCCAAAAUGCAGGUAAUAAAAAGUAAAAUCGAAUAAGCAAAAAUCAAGUGCUAAAGGACUUCUAUAAAAGCAUAUUUAUUAUAUAGUUAUUUUUAAUUAAUUAAAAAAAAGUAAAACAGUCAAAGUCAAAUAUAUUGCCUAUAUACAUUUAAAUUUAUUUAUUUAUUUAGUAAUAGUUGUAGCGUGGAAUAAUAAGAAUAAUAUGUUAAGUUCAAAUUUAGAUGAAAACAAGGCUGAGCCUCGCUAAAGCGACGUUCGUAAUGUAAAAUGAACAUUAAAUGACAAAGCAUGUAUAAUUUAAUUUUUUACAUGCAAUUUCAAUGCUAUGGGAAACGCGUGUAAAUAAAAUAAUUUCAUUGUAA